UUCAGCUGCACUGGGAUCACAUCUCCCUUGUUCUGUCCUCAUCUGUGGAGCUGCGGUCUGUGAGGUGGUGGGAGCCGCAGGCGGGACUCAGGGGGCCCAGGAAACCGGAAAUGGACUCAGUGGCCUUUGAGGAUGUUAAUGUGGAGUUCACCAUGGAGGAGUGGGCUUUCCUGGAUCCCACCCAGAAGAAACUCUAUGCAGAUGUGAUGCUGGAAACCUUCUGGAACCUGGCAUCAGUAGCAUGUAUUUUAGAAGAAAAAUGUGAAGGCCAUGACAGUGAAGAUCAGUAUGAAAAUCAUGGGAUGAGUCUUAGCAGUCAUAUGGUAGAGAGACUCUAUACAAGGAAGGAUGGUAGUCAAUGCAGAGAAAACUUCAGCCAGAUUCCAAAUUAUAAUGAAAAGAAGGAAACUCCUACUGAAAUAAAACAACAUAAAUCUAGGUUGUGUAGGCAAAUCUUCAUGGGUUAUUUAUCCUUGAAUAACCACCUGAGCUCUCACAUUGGACCCAACCUAUACCUGUGUCAGGAAUAUGAAGAAAACCCUUAUAAAUGUAAGGAACCUGAGAAAGCUUUCAAGCAUCACCAACAUAUUCAAAGACAUGCAGGCAGCCCCAGUGGGAAAGCUUUCCACUAUUCAGCUUCCCUUAGAAAUCAUGAAAGGAUGCAUAUUGUUGGGAAACCAUCUGAGUCUAAGCAAUGUGGGAAAGCCUUUAGUCGUCUCAUUUACUUUAAACUUCAUAAAAACACUCAUAGUGGAGAGAAUCCAUAUCAAAGUAAACAAUGUGGCAAAGCUUUCCAUUCUCCCAAGUACUCUCAAGAAAAUGAAAGAACAUACAAUGGAGAAAAGCCCUAUCAAUGUAAGAAAUCUGGUAAAGCUUUCAGUUCCACUUGUCUAAGAAAUCAUGAAAGAACACAUCCUGGUGAGAAACCUUAUGAAUAUAAGGAAUGUGGGAAAGUUUUCAGUUGGCUCAGCUCUCUUGAAACACAUAAAAGAAGUCAUGACAGAAAGAAGCCUCAUGAAUGUAAGGAAUGUGGUAAAACAUUUUCUUAUCCCUCUUUCCUUAGAAUUCAUGAAAGAACUCAUACUGGGGAAAAGCCCUUUGAAUGUAAGCUUUGUGGUAAAGUUUUUUCUUAUUCAACUUCCCUCCAAUAUCAUAAAAGAACUCAUACUGGGGAAAAACCCUAUGAAUGUAAUCAAUGUGGGAAAGCCUUCAGUUCUCCCAGUGACCUCCAACGUCAUGCAAGAAUUCAUACUGGGGUAAAACCCUAUGAAUGUGAGCAUUGUGCUAAAGGUUUCUCUUAUCCAGAUUCCCUCCGAGAUCAUGAAAGAACUCAUACUGGGGAAAAACCGUAUCAAUGUAAGCAAUGUGGAAAAGCCUUCAGGUAUCCAAAGUCCUGUCGAAGUCAUGAAAGAAUACACACUGGGAAAAAGCCCUAUGUAUGUCAGCAAUGUGGUAAGCAUUUUAGUUUUUCCACAUCUCUUAGAAAUCAUGAAAAAAUGCAUACUGGGGAGAAACCCUAUGAAUGUAAGCAAUGUAGGAAAACUUUCAGGUAUUCUGCUUCUCUUCGAAAUCAUGAAAGAAUGCACACUGGGGAGAAAAUCUAUGAAUGUAAGGAAUGUGAGAAAGCUUUCUUUUCUACCAAAUGUCUUAGAGAACAUGAAAAAACUCAUUAUGGAAAGAAGCCUCAUGAAUGCAAUGAAUGUGGUAAAACAUUCCUUUAUCCCUCUUUCCUUAGAAAUCAUGAAAGAAUGCAUACUGGGGAAAAACCCUAUGAAUGUAACCAUUGUGGUAAAGCUUUCUCUUAUUCAACUUCCCUCCGAUGUCAUGAAAGAACUCACAGUGGGGAAAAACUCUAUGAAUGUAAGGAUUGUGGUAAAGCUUUCAGUUUUCCCAAGUCUCUUAGAAAGCAUGGAAGAACGCAUACUGGGGAAAAACCUUAUGAUGUAAGCAAUGUGGGAAACCUUCAGUUUGUAUCACACAUCUUGGAAGACAUAAAAGAAGACAUGAUAGAAAUAAUCUUCAUGAGAGGAGCCGGCCUGGGGCCUGGGGUUGUAGGAGGAGGCACCAGGGUGCAAGAGAAGCCCUUCCCCCAACUUGCAGCCAGUCACAGCUCAGUUGGACAACUGCUCCUCCAGAUUUGGAAGCUCAAAGAAAACGAUGCCAUCUAA